GCUUUCAUCUCGGGGACAGGCAGUGCGCAUGCGCAGCUCAUUGGCUCCUCUGCACCGUCUCCGGCAAGUUGGAUGUGCGCGCUCCUCACUCGCAUCCCGAAACCGCCUCAAAAACUGUUGAGAUGGGGAGGAUCAGGAAAAACCACUUUGGGAUUUUGACUUUCUCCCUACUGGCGACUUUUGUCGGGACUCAAAGCGUCAAAGAUCUGAAAGACCCCAGCAACAUGCCUCUGGUCAAAGAAACGGUGGACCGGCUGAUGAAAGGAUACGAUAUUCGAUUGAGGCCCGAUUUUGGAGGUGCACCCGUGGCCGUGGGCAUGAAUAUAGACAUAUCCAGCAUAGACAUGGUGUCUGAAGUCAACAUGGACUACACCUUGACAAUGUACUUCCAGCAAGCAUGGCGGGAUAAACGCCUCUCCUACUCAGAGAUCGCCUACAACCUCACUCUGGAUAACCGGGUGGCUGACCAGCUGUGGGUCCCGGACACCUACUUCCUGAACGACAAGAAGUCCUUCGUGCACGGCGUCACCGUCAAGAACAGGAUGAUCCGACUCCAUCCCGACGGCACCGUGCUUUAUGGACUCAGGAUCACCACGACUGCAGCCUGCAUGAUGGACCUGCGCCGCUACCCUCUCGAUGAGCAAAACUGCACCCUGGAGAUCGAAAGCUAUGGUUACACAACAGAUGAUAUUGAGUUUUACUGGCGAGGAGGAGAAGGAGCAGUAUCCGGGGUCGACAGGAUAGAGUUGCCACAGUUUUCCAUUGUGGACUAUAAACUCAUCUCCAAGAAUGUGGUCUUCUCCACAGGUUCCUACCCCCGCCUGUCCCUCAGCUUCAAACUGAAGAGGAACAUUGGUUACUUCAUCCUGCAGACAUACAUGCCUUCCAUCCUGAUUACCAUCCUCUCCUGGGUCUCCUUCUGGAUCAACUACGACGCCUCGGCUGCCAGAGUGGCCCUGGGCAUCACCACCGUGCUGACCAUGACCACCAUCAACACACAUUUGCGAGAGACGCUCCCUAAGAUCCCCUACGUGAAGGCCAUUGACAUGUACCUGAUGGGCUGCUUUGUCUUCGUCUUCCUGGCCCUGCUGGAGUACGCCUUCGUCAACUACAUCUUCUUCGGCCAGGGCCCGCAGCGGCAGAAGAAAGCGGCCGAGAAAGCGGCCACGGCCAAUAACGAGAAGCUGAGACCCGACCCCAACAAGUGGCUGGUGGGAAAUGUAGUUCAGAGAGAUGAUGCUCUGUAUGCCAGAAUGAAACAGAGGGAAAUUGACGCGUAUGACUCGAUGUGGGAUCCCAUCUUUGUGGACGAUGCCGCAUUAGGACUAGGCGAGCAGAGAAAUAAGAUGACCCCCGACGACAACAUCUUGUUCAGCACCCUGGAGAUGAAGAACGAAAUGGGCGGCGCCGGGGACCUGUCCAGGGGCCUGGGAGCGCCGGGGGACCCCCGCAACACCAUGCUGGCCUACGACAGCUCCACGCUGCAGUACCGCCGGGCGGCCAUGGCCCGCCAGAACUAUGGCCACAGCGCCUUGGAGCGCCACGCUCAGAAGAAGUCGCGCCUACGGAGGCGGGCCUCGCAGCUCAAGGUGAACAUCCCGGACUUGUCCGACGUGAACUCGAUCGAUAAGUGGUCCAGGAUGAUCUUCCCCACCGUCUUCUCCUUCUUCAACGUGGUCUACUGGCUCUACUACGUCCAUUAAAGUCCACGGCCAUCUUGAGGCGGGCAUUCAAAGAUGGGCGAGGCGGGCGUGAGGUGGAGAGAAACAGUAGUGCGGGUUCAUUUUAAACGACGUGAGGAGAGCGCAUUGACAUUUUUGGACCGACAGCAGCACCCGACACGUCGGUGACUCUUUUUAGCGUUUGGGCAACACCUUCAGCGGACGGACUAACUUUCAAAGAGAAGAGUUUUAAAAAGGACAGCGACGGUGCCUGUGCCGCAACUUCAAUAUAUCACUAAUAUUUGUCAUUCGUAGCUUACUCUCUCUGUGGAUCAAAAAUAUUUAUGCUUGUGUUUGCAUAUACUUUUAAGGAUUUGUUUCGUUUAGUAUCUAUUUACUUGGUAGCCGAGCAUCCGGGAAAGCUUUUUAUCGAUGAUUUCAAAAGGAUAGUCUAUUUUUACUAGAAUUACUGUAAAUCCAAAACAUUCCUUUUAAAAAAGCAUGCUCAUGUUUGAUUUCACUGGCGGCGCUCUUUUUGGAGGGGAAAAAAAAAAGGAGGUUCAUCUUUUGCUUUUUCGCUUCCGCAGCACGGACCGAACCGAGCCCGUUUCGACGUUGCUUGAUUUGUUUGUUUUCUUUGACAACAGGGGGAAGAAGAAAAGAAAGAAAAAAAAACGGACUCUUCUUGUCACGUUCAAAAACUGUCUGUUAAACAAGACAAAAGGCAAGGAAUCAAACAGAGACAGAAUUCAAUUCGGACUCAAUUGAGGAGAGACGUGUAACCUCUUACAGUGUCUUAGCACGCUCUGACGAAGAAGGUUUUCGUCUCCUCUUUUAAUCCAGAUGUUCCAUGUUCACGCACCAACAUAUGUCACAGCAGGAAUGGUAAGUGUGUAAAAGAGUCAUUGCUUUCGGUCGCUUUGAAGUCCAAGAAGAGGAUUUCUCGGGCUUGGGCUCUUCCUCGAUCCAGCUAGGGGCAGGUGUUGGAGGACAAUGGAUAACCCCUCCCGUCUCCUUUACCACAGGGACUUCGAGAGGGCAGCGGGUCGUAAAUAGCGUUGACUUCAGUUACCAAAUAGUUGGAAGAGAGUUUGUGAAAUACUUCAAAGAGAGUUCCUCUCAGUGGAGUUUUACGAGCCUUCUUCCUCUUGUUAGGCCUCGAAAGACAGCAUUCGUAAUACCACGUUUCUUUUGUGAUAACUUACAAACAAUUAUUCCGACACUUCUUUACUUUCUGCCAUUGCGAGAAGAGCUUUAGAGGCGGGCGGAGGCUUGAACGCCGGAAGGACUCUGCGGACGUUCGCAUUGCGAUGCAUAAACACAAUCAUCUUUAUCAGUAGAGUUGAACGUACGAUACCUUUCAUCGUGGUUAGGUUUCUGUUUGGGGGGGGGGGGGGGGGAUGUAGAUAAAUAGAAAUCAUGUUAAAAAGAAAAAGAGAUGAUUAAUUUUUUUAUAAAUCACCUUUACGUGUAAAUAGGAGCGAUCCAUUCUAUUGAACUGUUAUUUGUUUUGCAGUUGAAUUACAGAUUAUUUUCCAUUCCGUCACACAAACAAACAAAAAAGAAAACGAAAGGAGCAAAUUUAACUAAGAAAAGAAGAAAAAUCUUUGCUGUUGAUGUACUUUUUUUUUUUUUUUUUUGGACUUCUCCCUUUUUCUUUCUUUUUAAAUGGACUCUCGAAGCACCUGUACUUGCUGAAACUGAAGCACUUCCAGACACCAAUGGCUGCCGGGUCCGUGGUUUCUCCUCCGCGGACGACUCGACGAGGACCCCGCCAUCCAGGCAUUGAAGUCAGGCAUAUUUUGUACAAAGUUUAUGUAAAUUCCAAUUGUAAUAUUUCAUAAAGACUGUACAUACGUUGUGUAAUGAUUGUCAACGAUUAUGAAGAUGUAUCUAAAUUCAAUUAAAACUCAAUACAGUCUAUCACUUCAAUAACAAAGUGCAAGGUUGACGUUUUCGUGUGUCUUGUUGGC